AUGAGGCCGGAUGACAUUUUGGUCUGUGGAUACGCGAAAACGGGGUGCCAUUGGAUCUGGGAGACCGUCAACAUGAUUGUGAAGAGAAGAGCCGAGCACACCAACUACCUCAAAGUUAUAGCUUUCCUGGAAAUGGCAGCCCCUGAACUCUACGAUGCCCUGCCAUCUCCCAGAAUUCUCAACACACACAACGAGUACGAGGAGUUGCCAGAUCAGGCUAAAGCAAUGAAAACGAAGAUUGUGCUGACAACCCGAAACCCCAAGGACACAGCCGUUUCCCUCUACAACCACCACAUCAACUUGAAAGAAGUCUACAACUACGAGGGCGAAUUCUCAGACUGGUUUCAGUUCUUCCUCAACGGCACAGUCGACAACGGCAACUACUUCGACUACCAUUUAGCCUGGGAGAAGGCAAUGAACGAGCACCCGGACCACCCCAUUCUGGUAGUUAAAUAUGAAGAGAUGAAGCAGGAUACUCAGGCCGGUAUAAGAAGAAUAGCUAAUUUCCUAGAAGUUCCACUAACCGAUGACCAGGUGGCCAAGAUUGCUACAGCAGCUGGGUUCGGAUCAAUGAAAAAGAAAUUUCAGAACCAACCCACAGAGAAACUAAUUAGAAAGGGUGAAGUUGGUGACUGGAGAAAUUGGUUAACAGAAGAGCAGGCUAAGAAAUUAGACAACCUCAGCAAACAGUUUCUGACAGGGACGCGGUUUGAACCCAUCGAUCGAAUAUGA